AUGCACGGCUCGACAGAUCCAGAGGGAGCGCCAUCCGAGCUGAGAUGUAGACUGCCGGAAUUUGGGUGGACCGGGACCAGCCACGACCAUGAGAAAGGAGAGAAGAGCACGAGUGAGACAUUACAGCCCUGUUCUGACAGGACAGGGCCCGACACGCUCGUAGAUCCGGUCGGAGCUGAGGCUGGGCAAGCAAUCUUUACUCCUCAUGCAACAGUGUCAUCUAAGGUUACGGCAGGCUCUUCCUCUGUGCGCGAGUCGUCUCCUGGUAAUGUUGCCAGCGGAAACAAGGAGCAUGACGAGCCCAAGGGGCAGAAUAUCGAUGAGGUUCAUCCGCAAGAGAUGUUUGACGCCGUGGUUGCGGCAACAAAGGCGGCACUAAAUGAAGCUCCGAGGUAA